AUGCUGUAUGAAAAUAAGGCAGUAGAUGGUCUUAACAAUAUAAAGGAGGAAGCAGAUCUUUUGAAAUUGUCAAUGUAUGGAGUUGUUUUAAAAACAAAAAGAUAAGAGAUGGGAUUUUUAGUGGUUGAUAGUCCAGAGUAUUUAGUAAAUUAUAAGAAAUAAAGAAUUAAUGAUACAAAUAUUAAAGUCGCUAGUGGAUAGAUGCUUAAAGAUUUUUAAAUAUUUGAUAAGUCAAUAAUGUAAUAUGUGAAAAAUAAUAUCUCUUUAAGUAUUGAAAUAUAUACAUAACUUGGAGAAAAAUUAAUAAAUAAUAAAGAUAGAAAAUGUUAUUUUGAAUAAUUAUAUGUUGAUUAAGAGAAAGGUUAUUAAUUAUAGGAGAUUUUAAUAAGUUCUCAAUAAGAGAAUGUGACUAUCUCAUCUUUUAAUACUGAAACAUAAUCUUAUAGUUUAGAUAAUAUGUUGUUUAAUUUAGAUCCUUAUUCUACUUAAUAAAUAUAUUUACUAGUAAAAUCUUAUUGUGAAGGUAUGAGUGAGGAUCAUAUAUUUAUUUUUAAUGUUACAACAUUAAAAUGCGAAAUUGGAGAAUAUUAUAGUAAUCAAUAAUGUUUAAAAUGUGAUUUUGAUAAAGGAUAUUAUUCAGUUGAAAAGGAUUCAAUUGAAUGUUAAAGAUUAGAUCCUAAGAAAAUCAAAGCAGUAACAUCUUAAUCAAUAGAAUUAUUGCCAGGUUUUUGGAGAUAUUCUUAUUAUUCACAUUAUAUAGAACAAUGUGAAAAUAAUGAAUAGUGUAUUGGGGGUUGGAAAGUGAAUUAUGAUUCCUGUAAAACAGGUUCAAUUGGAGCAAUAUGCAAAGAAUGUGAUCUUUAUAAUAUUAGGGGAGAAUCUUCAUUUUUAAAAUCCCUUCAAGGAGUAUGUGAAAUAAGGGAAAUGAAACCUAGAAUAAUAAUAAUUACAUUGAUCCUAAUGCUAUUGUAAUAUAAUAAUAUUAAUAAUUAGUACUUUUGGAGUUACAUAUACAAUUUCAAGAAAUAAAUACGAAAUGAAUUUACUAUAUAGAAGUCUAAAAUUAAAGACAAAACACUUUAAGUUGUUAUUUAGAUGUCAAAUAGGUAAUACUUUAAUUUAAUAAUUUCAGAUCAAUUCUCAACUUUAAUAAGAUUACUUAUACAUUAAAUGCAAAUAUUAUAUCCUUUACUUCCUCGUAUAAGUUUUGAAUCUAACUUUUCUUAAAUAAUUUGGCCUAUUGGCAAAUCUUCAAAAUCUUUGUUAUUUUUAAUCAAUUUUGUUGCUGAUUAGUUUUAGAUAUCUAUCAUUUAUUUGAAAGUUAUUUGGGCAAUUUUAAUACCAAUUGGAUAAAUAUUAUUAUUGGGAUUUUUAUAUUAAUUGUGCUCAAAAUUAUUAAUUGAUAAAAAUAAAAGUUUCAGAUAUACUUUAACAUCAUGUCUUUUCUUAUUGUUUUAUUCAAUGCCAAAUAUUAUGGAAGAGUAUAAAUAUUAUGAUAAUUUAGGUUAUCAUUAUUGACUUCAUCUAGAAGAGUUGUAAAUAAAGAAUGGAUUGAAACUAAUAUGGCAUAUUUAUUUGAAACAUAAUAACAUUAUUUUUGGAUAUUUUACUUCAUAUUACCAAUAAUGUUAACACUAUUUUUUACUAUUCCACUUAGUACUUUUAUUUUGAUAAGGAAAAAACAUAAAUAAAUACAUAAAAUUGAUCCAACAAUUGGAAUAUAUGGAUUUCUAUGUAAUGAUUACAAAGAAUAAUUUUAUUAUUGGGAAUUAGUUAAUUUACAAAUGAGAUAAAUAAUAAUAGUGAUACACACACAUGUGAAUGAUUUAAGAAUAAUAUUCAAAAACUUGAUGGUCAUUUUAAUCUUAUUUAUAUAUUUUGUUGCAAUAUCUCUUAAGAAACCUUAUGAGAAAUCAAAUAUUAAUAAAAUAGAAUAACUUAGUUUGUUUUUAUGUUCAAUAUUUGUAUGUUUCAGUAGUUUAUCUUAUGAAACUAAAGUUGAAGGUUUAAUAGAAGUAUAAUUUAUAGCAGAAUUAAUAAUGAUAAUAAUAUUGUUAUUCUUGAUGAUUUAUAUCUUCUAUCAUAUAAUGUAAACUUUCAUUAAAAAGAAUGAUCAAUAUUUUGAUAAAUUGAGAAAGGUUAUUUUAUUAAAAUUGCCAAAAAUUGUUUAUUGUUUCCCUUUUAUUAGAAAGUGUUUAAUUUCAAAGGCUGAGACUAGAAAAAAUGUAAUGAAACGAUUUUUUUUGAUUAAAUAACAUUUAAAGAUUCAUAGAUUGAAUAAUUCAAGAAGUCUUCGAUAAACAAUUAAUUUGAAUAGUGAAGAUACUCAUGUGAUAAUGUCAUAAAUAUAAAGAUCAGAUCAUCGUCAUUUAAUAAUGUCAUCAUAUUUAUAUUGA